AUGACAGCGGUCACCGCAACCGUAUCCACAUCCCCCGUCCUCGCCAUUCGCAAGCUGACCACGGGCUGCUCAUCCUAUCCAAACUACAAUGCCAAUACAUCCACCGCGGGGCCUUUCAACCUAAUCGCCACAUCGACCUCGAGUCCCUUCCUCGACGACAAGAAGGCCGCCAUCGCACCUUUCACGACCAACGGAAUCGACAGCUAUGGCUUCAUCAAUAUUCCCAAACGUGCAACAUCCUACACCCCAUCCAUUACCCUCAGCUGCCAAAAUUCGACCCUCCACUUCUCCCUCUCUUCUCCAUCCUUCACGCUACCGCCCGCACAACCGAUCCCACUCUUUGUAACCAAGGACGAGAACUGGCAUUCUAGCCUCGGCUACGGGAACUAUCUCGGGCGUGGCAUCCCCGUCGAGACCUACGACCAUGUGUACGUGAAUGGGAGCACCAAGGUCGAGGGAGUGUAUCUCGGUGCCGAAGGCAACACGAGGUGGAGGUUCAAGUUCAAUUGGGGCGGUAAUGCGGGCGAGUAUUAUCUUGUCAGGUUGGAUGAGGAGGCGGAGGGGACGUUGGAUAGGAGGCAGGAUGGUGGACCUGGCGUGUUCCCUCCGAUCGAUGAUAGGGAUUUCGUGGGGUUCUUGAAGGUCGUUGGGGUGGCAUAG